AAUCACCGUAACGCAGAACAUUCUGUCGGAUUCCAGCGAAGAUCGCCAUCUUUGGAAAAACGAGCAAGAGAAAGAUUUUUUUAUUUUCUCCAGUUUGUUGCUUAUACACUUGACAUAACUACUCGGUUUAUUACCAGAGACUAAUAACUACAGAGGGAAGAUGCGUCGCUCCAAGAGAAUGCGCUCUCCAGGUGUUUGGCUUGAUGAGUACACUUGGGAAGAAAGAAUUGAGAGUCACAAGCGGAGGAAAAGGGGGUCGCACAGCAGUGAGAGAGAAAAUAAGUCCAGAAGAACACAGCGUCAUCACAACAGCCAAGAGGGGCACUAUCUGGAGACCCGCAGCUUGAACCUGAGGCUGGCUUCCAGAGAGAGACAGACCCAUGAUUCCAGUUUGGACAUUGCCUGUGGUGGCACUUCCAAGGAUAGUGACCGGGACUGGCACCACUACAGCAAAUCAUCUGCACGUAGUGGACGCAGUGGUCGCAGCAGGCGAAGCAGCCACAGGCACAGAGAGAGGGGCCGUAGACGUAGUCCCCCCCGCCACAGGUCCUCCUCGAGGAGGAGCCAUCACCGCAGGAGCAGGAAAAGAUCCAGGAGUUUUGAGGAUGAUGACGAGGGUCACCUCAUCUAUCACACUGGAGACAUGCUGAGAGCGAGAUAUGAGAUUGUCUGUACUCUAGGAGAAGGUGCCUUUGGGAAGGUAGUCGAAUGCAUUGAUCACUUAAAUAAUAAAGCCAGAGUGGCUCUGAAGAUCAUUAAAAAUAUAGACCGCUACCGUGAGGCAGCAAUGUCUGAGGUAGAGGUACUGGAGCAGUUAAAGACACUUGAUUCUGAUGGGAGAUAUGCAUGUGUGCACAUACUGGACUGGUUUGAUUAUCAUGGCCACAUUUGCAUUGCAUUUGAGCUGCUUGGCCUCAGCACAUAUGAUUUCCUCAAGGAGAACAACUUCCAGCCUUUUUCCAUAGAACACAUCAGGCACAUGGCAUACCAGAUCAUCAAGGCUGUCCGAUUCCUGCAUAAGAACAAGCUGACUCACACAGACCUGAAGCCUGAGAAUAUUCUCUUCAUUGAUUCAGACUAUGAGUUGAUGUACAACAGUAACAUGAAACGAGAUGAAAGGACUUUAAAAAAUGCAGAUGUGAAAAUUGUGGACUUUGGUAACGCCACAUAUGAUCAUGAGCAUCACACUUCUGUGGUGUCUACGCGUCACUAUCGUGCUCCUGAGGUUAUUUUGGAUCUGGGAUGGGAUCAUUCAUGUGAUGUCUGGAGUGUAGGGUGUAUACUCAUCGAGUAUUACCUUGGAUCGACACUGUUCCAAACCCAUGACAGUAAAGAACACCUUGCUAUGAUGGAAAGAGUGCUCGGGCCCAUUCCCACCGACCUUCUACAGAGAACGAGGAAACGGCGCUAUGUCCACCGGAGUAAAUUAGACUGGGAUGUGCACAGCUCUGCUGGAAGAUAUGUUAAGAAACACUGCAAACCACUUAAGGAUUACAUGGCGUCUCAGAGUGAGGACCACGAGCAGCUGUUUGACAUCAUUGAGAAGAUGAUGGAGUAUGAUCCGGCCAAGCGUAUUACUCUGGACGAGGCCCUCAAACAUCCUUUCUUCUGCAAGAGCAUCAAGAAAGAAUGACAGCGUUAAAAUCUGAACUUUGACUGUGGUGGUAUUGUGGCUGUUACCGUGGUCCCUGUCGCUGCUCGGUGACAGCUUUGUACUUCCUGACUCUCUGGGAGAGCUGUAAUUAACUGACUGUAUCAGUCCACUGCCCUGACUUACUGUGUUCUGUCUUAAUGCCAGAUUUCCCCUCAGUCAUCUGCCCUUGUCUUUUGGAAUAUUUUUGAAGCAGAUUCAUCAUGUCAAAGGAUUUCUAUUUAUUUGUUGCUUGAUAUGGUACAACCCCUGGCAAAAAUUAUGGAAUCACUGGCCUCGGAGGAUGUUCAUUCAGUUGUUUAGUUUUGUAGAAAAAAAGCAGAUCACAGACAUGACACAAAACUAAAGU